UAUGUUUCAAUUUGGGAGGAGAUAUUUUUAAUCUAAAAUACCAUGCCUCGCUACACUCUAAAUAUGCUUUUCUUUUUUUCUUUUUGUUUUUGCUUAGGACCUACAGAGAAACACCGCCUUGAUCUCACAUUACAAUGGAAUUUAAGAAGCCACCUGACGGUGGCUGGGCCUGGGUGAUUGUACUGGCCUCCCUCUUUACUCAGUUUUUGUGUUACGGAUCUCCGCUAGCUGUUGGCGUCUUGUACGUAGAAUGGCUGGACGCCUUUGGUGAAGGGAAGGGGAAAACAGCCUGGGUCGGAUCCCUUGCAAGUGGAGUUGGCUUGCUUGCAAGUCCCGUGUGCAGCCUGUGUGUCUCAUCUUUUGGAGCAAGAGCCGUGACAAUCUUCAGUGGCUUCAUGGUGGCAGGAGGCCUCAUGUUGAGCAGUUUUGCCCCCAAUAUCUACUUUCUGUUUUUUUCCUAUGGCAUUGUUGUAGGUCUCGGAUGUGGUUUAUUAUACACUGCAACAGUGACCAUUACAUGCCAGUAUUUCGACAGCCGCCGAGGCCUUGCACUUGGCCUGAUCUCAACAGGUUCAAGCAUUGGACUUUUUAUAUAUGCUGCUCUGCAGAGGCUGCUGAUUGAGUUCUAUGGACUGGAUGGAUGCCUGCUGAUUGUAGGUGCUUUAGCUUUAAAUAUAUUAGCCUGUGGCAGUCUGAUGAGACCCCUUCAGUCCUCUGAUUGCACUUUGCCUGAAAAAAUAGCUCUGGAAAAUGUACCAGGUAGAUACUCGAUUUACAAUGAAAAAGACAAGAACCUGGAAGAAAACAUAAACAUUCUUGAAAAGACCUGCCGUGGUGAGGAAACAUGUAAGAGCACUUUAGCCAGUGGUGACUGGAAACCAGAGAGCCUGCUUCAUAAAAACCCAACAACAAUGGCACACACAAAAGAGACUGAAACUUACAAAAAGAAAGUUGCAGAACGGACAUAUUUUUGCAAACAGCUUGCCAAGAGGAAAUGGCAGUUAUAUAAAAACUACUGUGAAGAAACUGUGGCUCUUUUUAAAAACAAAGUAUUUUCAGCACUCUUCAUUGCCAUCUUUCUUUUUGACAUCGGAGGGUUUCCACCUUCAUUACUUAUGGAAGAUGUAGCAAGAAGUUCAAAUGUGAAAGAAGAAGAGUUUCCUAUGCCACUUAUUUCCAUUAUUGGCAUUAUGACAGCAGUUGGUAAACUCAUUUUAGGGAUACUGGCUGACUUCAAGUGGAUUAAUACCUUAUAUCUUUACGUAGCUACCUUAAUAAUUAUAAGCCUGGCCUUGUGUGCAAUUCCAUUUGCCAAAAGCUAUGUCAUGUUGGCACUACUUUCUGGGAUCCUAGGGUUUCUUACUGGUAAUUGGUCCAUCUUUCCUUAUGUGACCACGAAGACUGUGGGAAUUGAAAAAUUAGCCCAUGCCUACGGGAUAUUGAUGUUCUUUGCUGGACUUGGAAAUAGCCUUGGACCACCAAUUGUUGGUUGGUUUUAUGACUGGACCCACACCUAUGACAUUGCAUUUUAUUUUAGUGGCUUCUGCGUCCUGCUGGGAGGUUUUAUUCUGCUGCUGGCAGCCUUGCCUUCCUGGGAUACGUGCAACAAGCAACUCCCCAAGCCAGCUCCAACAACCUUUUUGUACAAAGUUGCCUCUAAUUCCUCUAAUGUUUAGAGGAAUAUUGGAAGGCACUGAGGACUGUUUUCUCAUAGCAAAAUUGCACUGUGCGUGAUCUGAAUGAAUUUUUUUUUUUUUUGCAUAUCCUAUUCUCUAUGUACUGUAUAUAUAGCCUCUAUCUUCUGUAUUUUUUUUCCUCUUUUUUCCUUUUUCCAAGAAGUGGGACUAUUCCGUUUUACUGUUAUUGAUGCGUUCUGGACAUUGUGAUCAUUUUGGCCAGCCUCAGAAGGCUUUCUCUGUGUAAAGAAAUACGAUUUCUCUGCAGACUCCAUUAGUUCCAUUGCAAGGCAGCCAGAGGAGACUCUAGCUAUUUCAAAACUGGUGCAAGCAGCGUGACGAGAUAUGUGUGUAGCCUGCCAGGGACUAAAUCACUCUCUCCUCUCUGCUAGCCGCGCUAGUAAAUAGAAGACUUCGAGCCAGUCAGGAAAUGAAAGGGGUUCCUAAAACAGCGUUAAGAAUUGUGGUGGCACAAAAUUGAUCAUUUUUAAAAAAUGAUAUUUUAAACUACCGUCAGCAGUUUUCAUUACAGUAAGUCCCCUACCUAUGAACCUUCAAGUUGUGAACUUUCAAAGAUAGGAAGUGCGUUCGCAUGUCUAAUCACGUAAGUUAGUUCACGUGUCUGGCGUAGAUUGUCACGUGCGUGCAUGCUCUACAAGUGGUUGUGCUUUUGUGUACUUGACUGUGCAGUACUGUAUAGGGUACAGUGGUACAGUAUCUUUAUUUCAAGCCCAGGAUGUCCAGAAGCAAGCGUAAAAGCAGUGAUGAUGUAGCUGGUACUACUGUACUUUUCAAGGUAAU